AAACCCCAGCACAAGACCCACCAAAAGGAGUAACCCCACUUGCGAAGAGCAAGAGACCCACCAAACAGACAGCCAUGGCGUCCGGAGGAGGCCCCGGMAGGGGAGGCCACUCGUGGCAACCCGCAGCACCCACAUCGAUGCAGAUGUCGUCGGGUGGGCAGCCCACACCGCAGCAGCAGCAGCAACAACAGCAGGGAGGAUCCCAGCAGCAACARCAGCAGCAGGGCAUGGCCCCGUACCACCACGGUGGACGCGGGGGACGKGGAGGAGGAGGCCCGGGCGGACGUGGCGGCGUCGGCGUGCCCGUAACCCCCGGGGUUCCCCCCCCACCGAACGCCUACGUCGUCGGGAUGCCCCACCACCCGUACUACAACCCGUACGCCCAGCACAUGCCCGGCCCGCAGUUUGCCCCGCAGGUCGCAGGCGGCCGGGGAGGGGCCCACGGCUGGAGCCAGUCCUACCCGCACGCCGUGGGGCACACACCGGGCCAGGUGGUCCCCGGGAACCCCUACGCCCAGGGUCCCCCCCAGCAGUACGACAAGUACUACCARCAGGGCCCCCCGGGCGGCCGGGGACAGGGACCUGGGCRCGGACCCCCCCGCGGAGGAARGGGCGGGAGAGGCGGUGGCGGUGGCCGCGGCGGGGCCCACCACUCGUCCUACGCUCCCCCCGCGCCCCGCGUGAAGAAGGCCCUCGUCAUCACGGUGCGUUUCUUUGCGUUGCAUUGCGUUGCGUUGCGUUGCAUUGCAUUGCAUUGCGUCGGUGGUUUGCGCCCGUGUGUGGUGUUGUUGGUCUCGUUGUUGAACCGCCAGCGAGCUCUUCUCUUCUAACCCGAUGCCUGUCUCCCAUUGCCACGCAAUGUCACGCAACGCUUGUUUUCUGUUCCGUUCCGUUCCGUUCGUGCUUUCUUUUGCUUCUUGUUCUCGUUUUCGUUUUCGUUUUCGUUUUCGUUUUCGUUCCCUCCACCGCAGGACAAGGACGGGAACCCCAUCGACAUGACCUCCCCGAAAACCAAAAAAUCCGGCUCGGCAGGCGCAUCCUCGAAGAGCUCCUCCGACGCCGGAGCCAAGCUGAGGCAGGCGGCCCUGGAUGCCAUCCAGGGAAAGACCGACAAGGAGGCCKCCAAGAAGAAGAAAGAGGAAGAGGAAGAAGCGGCCAAGAAGAAGGCCGAGGAAGAAGAAGCUGCGGCCAAGAARAAGGCCGAGGAAGAGGAAGCGGCGGCCAAGAAAAAGGCCGAGGAAGAAGAAGCCGCCAAGAARGAGGAGGAAGAAAAGGCCGCGGCCGCAUCAAAGGAAGCAGAAGCAAAAAAGAAAUCCGCUGCRGCGUCCAGGCCGAGGUCCUCGCUCGCCUCGCUCUUGUCCAAGCAGAAAGAAAAGGCCACGGAAGAAGAAUCCACCACGGCCGCGCCAUCGGCCUCGUCUGCCUCGGCGUCUAGCGCGKCGACACCGGCCUCGUCCAACGGCAAGAGGCGCCGCCACGUCUACUCUAAGGAGGAGAUGCUGMGGUUGCGGGCACUACCUGUCUGCCAGGUACGCCCGGCCGACCUCCCGGAGUUUGUCAUCACCAAGGGCCCCCAGAAGGCCCAGGGUGGCGGAGCUGGGGGCGGCGACGGACACCACCGAGACAGCCGCCGGCAGCAAAACCGUGGCGGGAGCUGGGAGCGCGGAGCGGCUCCYCCGCCCCGCAGGAACAACAACAGYGGCGGGAGCAACAGCGAGAGCAGCGGGGGCCAGUGGGCCCGCGGAAAGGCGCCUCCGCCCCAGCAGAACCGUGGGGGCCGGGGCGGUCGUGGCGGCAGAGGUGGCCGCGGACAGGGCCCUCCCUAUUUCGACGGCCCCGUUGUGCCCCUGGUCAAGUCGGAGAACGGCUGGCGCCCGCAGAAGAACACGGGUCCCCUGGUCAUUGCCACAAAGAAGGUCAAGUCGAUCCUGAACAAGAUGACGAAGGAAAAGUUCGAUCGCUUGUCCCAACAGAUCAUCGAUAUCCCCGUAAAAUCAUACGCCACGCUGGCCAUGAUGAUCUCGAAYGUGUACGAGAAGGCCAUCGACGAACCCUACCUCGGAGACAUGUACGGAGACUUGUGCGUUCGGCUCUCCCAGCACGUCCAGAGUAAUUCCUUCAUCCACAUCAUCGAGUCGGACGAAGAACCACCCACGGAGGACGGAGAGCCUGCUCCUCCCUCUACCGAUGGAGACGCUGCUUCGAAGUUCAGUGUCUUCCGCUGGAGUAAUGACAUCUCCACGGAAGAUUCCGACAUUGUCGGGCCCUUUGACUCGAUCGAAAGCGGCACGAAGAUGGCUUUGUCUUCGGACGAGCAACAAGCUCCGGUWYCCCGGGGUGACCUGGAACUGGAACUGGUCAAGCUGCAGAUCAAAUCGGGUGUCUUCAUCAAGACCAUGAAGGUCAAGAAGACGACCRCCGAGGGCGAAGAAAAGGAAGAAGGACAGGUCACCGAAGAAGACAAGUUUUACACCGUCUUCUUCCCUGUGAAAGACCACGAGCAAUGCGGCCAGCAGCUGUCGAAAAUCUUUUUGAGCGAGCGAGAAGGCAUUUCCGAUGCGAACAAGCAAAACUCAUUCAAGCGCUCUCUGCUGAACAAGUGCGAGGACGAAUUCAACAAGCAAGACAUCUACGAGGACUGGAAGAAGGAAGAAGCCGAAUACAAGGCGAACAAGGGCUCCCUCUCCGCCAAGGAACAAGCCGAGAAGGAGGAAGACCUGGCGUUCCGCCGUAUGAAGAUCAAGAAACAGAUGCUUGGCAACAUCAAGUUCAUUGGCCAGCUCUACAAGAAGAACCUCAUCAAGGAAAAGAUCAUGAGGUUUUGCAUUGCUUCCUUGUUGAACCUGGAAACCAAGGACGUCAAGUCCAAACUCCCCGUUUACUUCGAUACCGGAAACGACGACAUGGACGAAGAAGACCACGAGGCGAUCUCCAACAUGUUCACGACCAUUGGAAAAACCAUCGACAAACCCGUCACCGAGCCCUUCAUGAAGGUCUGCUUUGGAAAGAUCAAGAAGCUCAGCGACAAGAAGGAACUCCYCGCUCGAUCACGAUUCAUGUACAAAGAUUUGUUGGACCUCCGCAGUAGCAACUGGGUCCCCAGGCGCAAGGAAGAAAAGGCCAAGACCAUUGCGGAAAUUCGCAAGGACGUGGAACGCGAGGAACGACAGCAAGCCCAGGAAAGUGCGGCGGCCAACCAAGGAAACUACCGCGGGAACAACUACGGUGGCCGCGGAGGCGGCAGAGGCGGGGAUUACAGAAACAACCGCUCGAACUACGGAAACAGCAACCGGCAACGCUCGCAAAGACCCGCCGUCGAAACCGACGCCGAUGGCUUUACCACCGUCAAGGGCGGCGGCUCGUCUCUGGGCCAGGGACCUUCGAGCCAAAAGCCCCAGCGAAUCCUCCAGUCCAAGCCCAAGCAGGCUGCUGCUGCCAAACCCAGCUAUCCGGCUUUGGACGAAGAGAAAUUCAAGCGUCGUGUUAAGACGAUUCGCAACGAGUACAUCCAGGAUCCGAAGAAUGUCAAGGAGCUGCUGCUUUCCGUCGACGAACUGACCGGAACCAAAGACUACGGCUCGCAAUUUGUGUCGCAAAACGCCGAUGCCAUGAUGGAUUGCAAAGAAAACGAACGUGCGGCCAUGUACCUCUUGCUCGAAAUCUUGGUAAAGGAAAAGAAGAUUUCGAGCAACGACGUCAAAACCGGUUUGGUAGAUAUAAUCGAGUUCAUCGAUUCGUUUGUUUGCGAUGCACCCUUUGCCUUUGACUAUCUCGGACGCAUGCUCGCAACCAUGAUUCGUUGCGAAGCCAUCGAUGUCACCUGGAUCGGACAAGAAGCCGAGAAGACCAAGAUCACGGACGACUCGAAUCCCGAAAAGAUUAUUCGAGCGCUCAUGAAAGCUAUCGAUGCCGACAAGGGAAUUGAAGCCAUCAAGGGUGCAUUCGGUCCCCACCAAAACGCCAUGGAAAAAUUGUUGGGAAAAGACAAAUGGGUAGCCCUGAAAAAAGAACUCGCCUAAAAUAAAAACCGAACCGACGAACCAUACAUAAGAACCUGAACAAGAACGACAACAUCAYUACACUGCACUAYUUAAAGUUUGCAAGCUGCAAUUAUUGUUUAUUGAUCGUAGUCUAUAGAGUUUGUGUGCGGAGGGAAUCCAGAAACAAAUAAAAUACAAAUGCGUUCGUCGUCAUUUAUCCAACGUUUGCGUAUCAUGUGUACACACAUGUGUACACACUCCUUCGAAAAACUGGGGAGACGACGCAAACUUGUUUUCCACCCUAUACAUCACUCCAAUUGCUUUUCCAUGUAGUGCAGCCUUCCGUAAGAACAAUACGAACGCGAUCCGGAAGGACAGACACAAGGACUCAUGAWGARGCAGAUGAAGGGAAGCUUACUCAAAURGUAGAGGAUUGAUCUGGGCUUAACGACGUAGCCUUUUCGUUCGUACAACCCAAUGGCUGGAUUUCCGUGGAGGACUUCGAGGGCCAUGAAUGUGCAACCUCGCUGCUUCGCCAGGUCUUCUGCCCAAUUCAUCAAGGCCGUUCCGACGCCCAUGCCGCGUCCCUCAGGGACCACGGCGAUCAUAUCGAUGUAGGCUUCGUCCUCUUUUGCUGUGUGGAUGUCGGAGUGCAUCCCGUGAAAGACCAACUGGACAAAGCCAACGGCGCCCGCCUCCGGCGUGCUCGCCACGGCGGCAACCUUCAUCAGCUCGGGAUGCUUGCGAUAGGUUGCGCGGACCUCGUGCUCGGAUCCGKCCCCGAGCGGGAAGACGCAGCAGCAAUGCUUGGAGUUCAAAAAGUCUCGGCGAAUGCGAAUGACAUCUCCGAGAUGCUUUUCUUCUACCACCUCUACUCGGACCGAGGAGCUCAUUGUUGCCGGUCGCAAGAUGGGUCAAAUGAGCUACAAGCUGUUACGAAGCAUAGUACAGUAAUGGAAUACGAUCUCUUCCCCUUCGAGUAGGCCGUCUUGAGACCAUGUGCGACCCUUACAUCAUCAGGCCGUUAACAGUUUUUGUAGAACAGCCAUCCAACGGAACAAGACUGAACUGUCAAGAAGAAAAUAUCUUUGCGAAGAUGAUAUGGUACGUAUGGUACGUACUUGACCGUACAAGUAAAAUAACAAUUACUAC